GAGAUGGUUGUAGGAUCCGUGGUCGUAGGUGGAUGUGUUUGGUUGUAGAAUUAGUAUCAUAUUAUUUACGAACAUUGUUAUUCCAUUUAAUUUUGUACAGUUAUUGUUAUAUUAUCGUAAAAUGAAUAACCACAACAUGAAACUAAAUUUCAAUGAAAUAUGUCGCCUUUGCUUACUAAAAGAAGGCGAUAUGUCCUCUAUUUUUGCAGUACCUCUUCCAAAACGGAUUAUGUCAUUCGUAUCUUUUGAGAUAUAUGAAGGAGAUGGCCUGCCAACAUUGAUUUGCAAGCAGUGCUGCCAUGAAGUUGACAGAUCGUACAAGUUUAAGAUGAAGUGUGAAACUUCUGAUGCCACAUUGAAGCAGUACAGUAAGAGAUCGCCUGAAAACUCAGAAGAUGAAGGUGUUACUGAGCAGAAUAUGUGUGUAAAGGAAGAGAGUCCUGAUGCUGAUAGUUGUGAUGCAGGAAUGAAGGAAGAUAGUCAAGGUGAGGAUAUCCACGAUAAAACAGGAAAUUCUCGCAGAUCAGCCAAGUUUAGAAAUGUGCUUCCACGUGGGGAACAAGCAAGUACAUCACAGUCUGAAAAAAUUGUAAUACUCUGCAAUGUAGAUGCUUUUGGAAAUGGGUUAGCUGCAUUUCAGUCGCCAUUUGCAAAUGACACCUCUCGGAGAGAAGACAAAAAGAAGAGAAGAAGAGGGGCAAUAUCAAAAGCAACUAGAAAAACACGUUUAAGAAGGAUGGUUAAAAAUAAAAAGAAUUUCUCUGUACCAAUUCCUGUUGCAUCCCAACCACAACCCACACCAUCAUUACAGUCGGUGAUUAAGAAUGAAGUGGUGGAUGAAGAUGACAUUCUUGGUGAAGACAAACCACCAUUUAUUUGUAAGAUAUGUUCAAAAUCAUUUUCAAAGCGUGACAAUUUGAAGAAACAUGAAAUUAUUCAUCGAGGAGAAAAACCGUAUUUGUGUGAGGAGUGUGGCAAGUCAUUUGCUCGGAAACAGGACCUAAAUGUGCAUCGACGCUAUCAUUCUGGAGUACGACCUUAUGCUUGUAGCCUUUGUGAUAAGACUUUCCACAGUUACUCUGGACUUAAAAGCCAUGAGAACAGACAUAAUGGUAUCAAACCUUUUCUUUGUAAUGCUUGUGGCAAAACUUUUGUCCAGAAAAGUCAGCUUACAAAUCAUGAAAGGGUACAUACACAGGAGAAGCCUUAUGCAUGUACACUUUGCGAGAAGACUUUUACAACACUCACAAAUCUCAAGACACAUCAGAAACGGCACUCAGGGAUUAAUGAUUUUUCCUGUGGUUCGUGUGGAAAGACGUUCUUCACAAAGUCAGGUCUUGAACGGCAUGAACUUCUCCAUACUGGACAUAAGGCCUUUCCUUGUGAACUGUGUGACCUGUCUUUCUUUACAAAGUCAGAGAUUACAAGACAUAUGCGAUAUCACAAAGGUGAAAAGCGUUUUACGUGUACUCAGUGUAAUAAAUCAUUCAUUGAAAACCAACAUCUUAUAAUCCACGAACGGAUACAUACAGGAGAACGUCCUUAUUUGUGUCAGUUGUGUAAGAAGUCAUUCUACACUAAGUCCAAACUCAAUCGACACAUGCGUACACAUGCCAACAGAUCAUAGUGAAGACCUUUUGCGUGUAUAGAUGCUAGUAUGACAUGUGGGACUCUGGAGGAAGGUAUGAGAGCGAUCAAGGGAUAAUGAAACUGAGACAUAAUAUGAGAAUUCCUAUCUUUUCCAAGAAUUUCUUCAUUUUGUGUUUACAUAUUUUUCUUUUUCCAGACAUUCACUUGAUCUAGCCCACCCCAAAGUGGCCGAACCUGUAAGCCUUGUUAUUUAAAUAUUUCUUUGCUGAAGGGAACAGACACCAGUGUAGCUCAGAGGAUGAAAUGGGCCUUGGCUUGACCACUUAAAUCUGCAGUAUGGCUUUUCUGACCUGUCUUUUUUUGGAAAUUAUAAUAUAGGAACACAAAGAUACUAUGCAUCAAGAGUAAACUGCCACAAGCAUGGUAAGUGAUACAGAGAGGUUACCUCCCUGCUAUCUGUGAAUGACAAGUGAAAAUAAAAUGCAAGGGAUAAUAAAAAACUUGUUGCCAGAUAUGGGUGUGGUUACCUGCCAUGAGCCCUAUCCCAACACUCCCACAUGGUGUGUUAGAGGAAUAUUGGCACAAAAUAGCUGUGAUUGCUAAUUUCUUGCAAUGAACAUGAAACAUUUUGUGUACAAGUGGUCUGAGAAUCACAAUUUAGGAACCACUGUAGUAAGGGAAUGAACUUGUUUUCAUUGUUAAAAUUACAAAUGAAGUCUUCCAUAUUUGAUUUUCUGAGAAAGAUGAUUAUGUUUUUAACAACUGAAUAUUUAAUUAUAGGAUUAUAUUUUGAAGUGUGCAUCUCGGGGAAAUUGUACAGAAAUUGUGUAAGAUUCAGCAUGAAGGAAGCAACGUUUUUAAUUAAGCAUCUUCCAUCUGUAAUCUGUGUACCACAAAGUUAAAAUUAUUAUCCCAGAAGACGGUAAUCUUCGUAUUCACUACUAUGAGAAACACAGAUCUCACUCAAAUUAUCAAAUUAUACAUUACAGCUUUUGUUGAUAGAUAUGCUGUGUUUCUUACACAAGAGAUUUGUAGCAUACAGAAAGAAAACCAUUUAUAAACCAUUAAUGAAACUGAUAAUUCAGUCAGUAUAGUGAUGGGCCCUGGGCUGGAUGGCUGUGGAGGUAGGGUUCAGUUCCCAGUAGGGACAAGAAGUUUAUCUAUUCUUUACAGCAUCUAGACUGUCUCAUGAGUCAGGGAUCAUCCUGUCCGAAAUGUAUUGUGACAUGUUGCGCAAUGGAGGACAAAACCUCCCUACCCAGCAGUGACGUGGCGGGUGAGUCAGCGCUCCAUUCACCCCCUCCACGGCGACGUAAAACAAAACGCAGCUGUGAAAAGGGUAACAGCCAACAGCGGUACCGAUUGCGUAACAGGCGGGCGCUGCGACUAUAUAAGUGAACCACACUGCCUACGAAGCAGUUGAAAUGUGGCUGUCGCCGAGUCCAGUAGUAGUUGUCAGUUAAGGGCAUCAGUCGCCGAAGACAGUUCUCCAGUGAACAGUGAACGAGUUAGUGUGUGUUAAGGAGUGGUGCCAUGAAAUAUAGAAGCAGCCAAAGACAGUGAGUGUGUGAUACAGGGACACUUACAUAGCUCCCGUAUCGUAAUUAAUAUGUGUAGCCUACUGAAGAUAGAG